GUGUAAGUAUUAUACGUCUAUGGCUUCUCCUCGGUUGAUAAACGAUUUAAAGAACUUACAUAAAUUGAUUUAAAUAGUCGGGCGUCGGCUUGUGAUCAACUGCGCGUGGAUCGCUCGAUGCGUGAUACGGAGAGAAUGAUUAAUCAAAAACGUGUAAAAGCAUAAAGAACUAAAUAGAGUGAACGUUGAAUGAAAACCAGAAACGUAUUAAGAAGGAUUUAAAAAGAAUUACGUUUAUCCGUCGGAUUCGAACUGAAAAGUGAAGUAUCAACGAAACGGAAGGAUGAAUUACGGAAAGAAAUCUCCUAGCAUGGGCACGCCUUCGGUAUAUUCACAUGUCACCACGCGUAGUAGUGCGAAUUUAAGAUCUUCGCGAUCAGCACGUAGUGUCAAAAUACCCUGGUACCAGAAGCCAAUUUUGACACAUGCUUAUAUACUUGACAUUCAAAGAGGUGCCAUGUUCACAGCAAUAUUUUCAUUAAGUUUAGCUGUUUUUACAAUCUGUUCUUCGAUAUUUGAUCUCUAUUGCCUUUCUCAAGCAGCACCAGGUUCAACGCAUUACGGCUAUUAUAUCAUAUCAUAUGAAUUUGUGUAUGUGGGUAAUCAGCAUGUUCGCAAUGCUCUUGUAGUUUUUGCUUUGUUCUCCAUGCUUGGUGGAAUAACUGUUUUUGCAUCCUCAUUGAUGUUGAUAGUUGCUUUACGAAAGGAAUAUGAACGUAAAAUGGUACCUUGGUUGUACAGUUUUGCAGCUUUCACUCUUUUCAGAUUGUUUGCUUUUGUAUUCUUUAGUACAGUAAACGACAUGAUAUUUGCUUAUAAUAUCAUAAUGUGUUUUCUGUGGACUAUAUUUGUUUGUUUCUCCAUUUAUGGAUGGUUAAUUGUGUACUCUCUGUACGUGGAGUUGUGUGAUCUUACAAGAUUAGAGGACCUUGCACAUUUAAGAAUAGGCACUAUGCAGUCAUUGAAUGCAUCUACCACUCAAUCUAUCGCUGGUUCACGGCCGACGACACCCCACAGUGCGGUAUCGACGAUGCCAGCCAAUUAAAUACAUACAGCGAGUUCAGUCACUGCAAUAUAUUCACGAGAAAAUGUUUCUGGGCAUUCGAUACGAGAGAAGGAGAUUCUAGCGUGAUGUAAAAUAUCGAAAUGCUAAUCUGAACAUGAUAGAUUGAAACGCGA